CGCCGUGGGGUGCCAUGGAAGCGCAGCAGCAGGCUACGGAGCAUCAACAGCAGCAGCUCCGAAACCUUCGGGACUUCUUGUUGGUAUACAACCGGAUGACAGAACUGUGCUUCCAGCGCUGUGUGCCCAGCUUACACCAUCGAGCCCUAGAUGCAGAAGAGGAAGCUUGCUUGGACAGCUGUGCGGGAAAGCUGGUCCACUCCAAUCACCGCUUAAUGGCUGCUUAUGUACAGUUGAUGCCUGCCCUGGUACAGCGCCGCAUUGCAGACUAUGAGGCCAGUGCAGCACUGGCAGAGACAACUGGAUCUCCAUCAAGCCCUGUGGCUGGCCAGCAUGGGGCUCCAGGCCCAGGAAGCUAGGGGAUUUCUGUUCACCUAUCACCCUGGGAUGGAAAGCUCAAACAUAGUGCUUUCUGGCUUCAGGAGUUUGUGGAGCAUGACUUGGGCAACAUAGGGAAGUUAAUGGAGGCGUCCUGUGUCAAUUACACCUCUGCUGUUCUCUACCAAAUGCCCUUAUGUCAUCACCUCAGGGGCCUGAUGUUUCCUACAAAGCAUACCUAGGCAAAGAGAGAGUAAGCCAAAGAUACCUUCUAAAAUCAAAAGGAAAUAGUACAAAGGGUUAGGACCAGAGGUGACUGAACAGAGAGAAUGACUGCCUGAAUCUUCAGAAGGGUUAGAAGAUAAGAGAGGGAAUUAUUUAUUAGUUCGUGGUAAUUAUGGCUAUCUUUCUAAUCCCCUGUCACUGAAACCCAGCUAUGGCAUUUUUGUGAGUUUGGAAACAUCCCUAUGUACCUUUCCCCUUGCCUGAACCUGCCUGUUAGCAGUAAAGUCCUUACAAGUUUC